AAACUUAGUGUGUGUAGCGUAUCAUGCUGUAAAAUAAUGUUGAUAAACUUAUGUAACACUUGUGAACUUGUUCUGACAGCCGACAGAAUAUACCGGUACGUAACAAUAGUCUAUGCAUAGGCCGUUUACAUUUCACAGUGUUCGAAGCUAGAGUUUGACAACAGUAACAGAAGAGGGCAGCCCUGUGCUCUGAAAUAUCCAGCAUCAUGUUUGAUCAGCUGUAUCUAGGAGCGACAGCGGGCCGAAAACAAAUCAAUCCAAUACGAAACUGUCAGCUCGACGCGGUCGAAGAUCCGUGCACAUGGAAGCUAGGAGUAAACCGAACCAUGCAUGAGGGCAACCUGAACAUGAUAACAAACUCGCCUGAAACGAACUACACCACAGUCACGGCAGAGGCCUUCAGUGGACGUGGGCGUAGAGGAGAGACACUGGUGUUCUUCCCCAGGGAUGCUGAGUUUCCCUCUCAGCACAGCAGCUCACUGGACCUCAGCAACAGCCCCAUCGCUUACAUGGCAACACACAGCAGGGACGUCCAUUCCCCAAAGGACAUCACCCCGCACACCGUCCUCCGCAGCUAUGGUUUGAGGAACCUGACCCACAACCACCAGGGCUCGGCCAUGAAGGAGGUGACCAAUCCGCCUGGGUCCACUGUGUACCACAGCAGUUCCCACGAUAGCCACCAGGGGGCCUACAGGAGCGACAGCCUCAGCAUCACCACCAUGGGCCACCCCACCACUUGGCACAGCCACAACAUUCUCACAGGAGAGGAAGUCAGACCAGCAGGCCCAGGCAAACCUCAGAGGGCCGGUAGGAUUGAGGCACUCUGUCCACAGCCACGAUGGGAGAAAGACUGCACUGCAUUCAGACUCUACUAACCAACCUGGAUCAGCACUGGAUGAGGGGGAUUGCCAUUAAAGUUCUCCACAAGAGA